AUGGGUGGUGCGAAGAGGGGUGAUCAACUGGGCUUCGUGGAAAACUUCUGUCUCAGCGGUGCUGCGGCUGUUAUAGCUAAAACUGCUGCCGCCCCGAUUGAGAGGGUUAAGCUCCUAGUUCAGAACCAGGGUGAGAUGCUUAAGUUGGGCACGCUGGACAGACCCUACAAUGGUGUCAUCGAUUGUACUAUUCGCACUUUCAAGACCGAAGGCCUUUUGCCCUUCUGGCGAGGCAAUUUACCGAAUUGCCUGCGUUACUUCCCCACCCAGGCUCUUAACUUUGCCUUCAAGGAUAAGGUUAAGGCCACAAUAAAGCCGCAGAAAGACGAUCCCUAUGCCGUUGCAUUCACGAAGAAUGUUGUUAGUGGAGGCAUUGCCGGUGCCCUUUCGCUCGUCUUCGUGUACUCACUGGACUACUGUCGAACUCGUCUCGCGAGCGACACCAAGUCCGCGAAGAAGGGGGCUGCGCGUCAGUAUGAUGGCAUGAUUGAUGUCUAUAAAAAGACGUGGAAAACGGAUGGUAUUGUUGGUUUGUACCGUGGUUUUGUUAUCUCAUGCAUUGGUAUCAUGGUGUACCGUGGUUUCUACUUUGGUCUCUACGAUACUAUCAAGCCCAUUUUCCUCGGUGAGGAUGCCGGUGUUACUAUUAGCUUCAUUUUGGGUUACGGUGUCACUGUGACGGCCGGACUCCUUUCCUACCCGAUUGACACGAUUCGCCGGCGUAUGAUGAUGACAUCAGGUGCCGCUGUUAAAUACAAGGGCUCUCUGGAUUGUGCCGUGUCAAUUAUGAGAGACGAAGGGCCCAUGUCUCUGAUGCGCGGAGCGGGAGCCAACAUCCUUCGUGGGGUCGCGGGGGCUGGUGUACUUGCUGGUUUUGACAAGUUCAAGCAAGUCUACGUCUCCUACCGGCUUGGGAAACCGUUUGGGGCCGGGAGUGUUGGUGUGUGCGGGUUCAUUCGCUCCCAGCAUCUCCUCUGCAGGUGUCUGGUCGACGAUUUUCGCUCUGUGCAUAGCUUUCUCCCACAUCGUUCUUAUGCAUGUAUGACCACCCUGGGCCGUUGGUGUGGGGACGUAGAGGAGCCGCUGGGACAGGAUCGGGAGAUGUGUGGUCUCACACCCUGGGUGAAUGGUUGCAAUCGCUCGAGGGCUGCAUCAUUAGUAGGUGGUAUCCAAAUCCAAGCGUCUGGGGUUACUCAGGCGGCGGGGGUGCUACUUUUGUCGCCGCUGAGACAGCGUCCCUUAGCCGACGGUUUGUGCCACUCCAAGCUCGUGGCGGACGGUGAUAGUUUAGGUCUUGCUGACUGCUUAGGCUUCCGGUCUCGUGCUUGGUCCCCGCUCUCCCAUUCGCCUGCGCCGCAGUUUUAUUUGGCAUGUGAUUAUGUGGCUGUUUACCACCUGGUAAAGGUGGUGCACCUUCACUGGGUCUCAGAGGAAUAUCGCUCGGAGAAUACGGCGGAUAAAGAUGGGGCCGCGAGUAAGGAAUAG